GCAACACUACCUCCAUUUCCUGUUGUGGGCUCGGGAGUUGGACGGAGCGUUCCUCUGGUCCAGAAUGGGAAUUAAAUACCACAGCCGGUAUGUGCAUGAGUGACUUUACUUUUCUUCUCCAAAGGUGUUGCUCAUGACAGAGCCCCAUGUCAUGGGCCUCGGAGAUGGCAGGUAUCGGCUGUUGCACCUGAUGUCAUGUCGCGUGUGUUGAUUCUCCCUUGACAACCGCGGAUCAGAUACCAACAUUCAGCGGCCAUCAUGCCCAUCACGCUGCUGUGGGCCGUGGAUGUGUAUGGCAGGGUGUAUGGCCUUUCCACAGCUGGCCAGCGCUGGGAGCGUGCAGACGACAUGCUGCUAGAGCUGAAGCGUGUCACUGCGGGGAAGGAUCGCUGCUGGGGCAUCGGCUGCGACCACCAUGUCUACCUCAACAUGAUGCCCAGUGAGACCCCCAUCCGCUACCGGGAGGAGACCUAUGAAAACCAGAGGUGGAACCCAGUGGACAGCUUCACCGACACACUGCUGCCCACCGACCGCUGGCCAUGGAGCGAUGUGACCGGGAUGAAUCCUCAACCGCUCCACAGCUUUGAGCUGCCCUCCCGCAGCUGGGAUUGGGAAGGAGACUGGUAUGUGGAUCAGAACUGUGGAGGAGAACCCAGCCAGACUGGGGGCUGGGAGUAUGCAGUCGAUUUCCCGGCCAACUUCUCCCCAGACAAGAAGUGGAACUCUUGUGUUCGUCGCAGGCGGUGGAUCCGCUACAGGAGAUACACGGCACAAGGCACCUGGGCAAAGAUCCCUCUGGACAAUCCCAGGAAGCCCCCGCUGCCGCUCUGUGACAUAAGCUGUGGUGGUUGGGAGAUGAGUGACCAGUCUGGGAGGUAUCCAUACCUCUGGGGCGUGUCCCAACAAGGAGAGGUGUGGUUCAGGGAGGGCAUCCACCCUCGUGUCCCAGAGGGCUCCCGCUGGGAGGAAGUAGAAGUGCCCAAGGAGGUGGCUCAGUUAUCGGCAGGCCCCGGAGACCUGCUGUGGGCUUUACUUUGGGAUGGGAACCUGCUGGUCCGUACCGGCCUCACCCUGGACAGCCCGACUGGCACAUCGUGGGUCGAGGUGGAAUCACCAGGAAAGGAGAUUGAAGCGCUUCAUGUGGCUGUUGGAGUUAGCGUGGUCUGGGUGGUCACUAAAGACUAUAAGGUGUGGUUCAGGCGUGGCGUGAACUCCCACAACCCCUGUGGCUCCGGCUGGAUCAGCAUCGGAGGGGAGAUGAUGGUGGUGGAUGUAGGACUCAAUGACCAGGUGUGGGCGGUAGGUGAGGACCGCGGCCUGUAUUUCAGAAUGGGUGUGACACUGUCUGAACCAAGUGGGAAUGGCUGGAUUCCUGUUUCUGCCCAAUGGGGCAAUAGCAAAGAGGUUAUCCCAGCCAGGAAGAAGUGUGAGUUUGGUGGCCAGCUGACUGAGGCCUCACAAGGCUCGGUUCUGAGCUGCACGGACUCUGACUCAGAGUUAGGUCCUACUGACCCACAAGACAGCACUAAAGACAGCCCAGUCGUGGAGGCAGCAGCACCCUCUGUAGUCCCAUUAGGAGAAGCAGAAUCGCCUACACCUCCCCUGAAAACAGAGGACACUCCCUCAGCCUCCCAACAGGAUGCCCCCAAACCAUUCAUCCCUGCAAGUGACAGCUUCAUUAACAGCCUGGUGUCAGACCGGGACAAAACGUCCACUCCCCAACCGUCCAUCGCAGAGGUACAGCAGGAAGAAGUCGAGGAGCCGUCCCCAGCCCCGAUACUCCCGACCCCUGAGACCGCAGGACACGACGUCCCCUGGAUGAACGUGGAUCUGGAGGGAGCAGAAGCAGCUCGAUGUGCACAGGCGGCGGGGCCUUUGUUGGGCGAUGGCAGUGCUGCUGCCACCUAUGCCCUGGGGACUCUAGAGACCUCUCACGGUGUUGGAGAAGAGGACGGGCCGGUGUGGACCUGGAUCUCUGGUGGAGGCUGCGAUGUGGAUGCGAGCUCACAGAUCAGCUGGCUUAGUCCCACAGGUCCUCUCACCAGCUCCCUGUCCCUGACUCCAGUCCAGUCUGUAGCCUGGAGCGAGCAGCAGCAGCAGGAACACAGAGAGGAGAUCAGCAAGAAACCGCUUGAGAGAAGCAACUCGGUGUGGGUGCGUAAAGGUGCGUUGCGCUGGUGGAGAGACUGGAAGCCUCAGCGCUGGGUGGAUGUGGCUGUUGCCCUCGAGCAGUCCACCAAGUCUGACGGCAGGAAGGACAGCAUUUUCUUUGUCUACUACACACAGUAUGAUGAGAAAAAGUACCUUCAUGUCCUUAUAAAUGAAGUGACGGCGCUGGUUCCGGUGCUCAGGGACUGCCACUAUGCUUUUGCUGUGUACACCGCCCAAAGGACCAAACAGAGGUGGCCUCUGGUACUGGCAGCACAAACUGAAAAGGACAUGAAUGACUGGUUGUGCCUGUUGUCUGACUGUUGCUGUAAGUGUCGAGGGCUCACAGGUCCCCCGUCCAGACAGGCCCUGUGGUCCACAACCUCAAAGGGAGACAUCAUGGUCCAUGAGCCGUCCUUCUCCCUGGAGGCCCCCGCAAACACACUGGCCUGUGACCUCAUGUUCUGGCGGCAGGUCCCGGGUCACCUGCGCUGUGUAGAGUCUAACAGUCUGGGGCUGGUGUGGGGCGUCGGGUGGGACGGCACCGCCUGGGUCUACAGUGGGCGCUAUGAGCAACAGCCCACCCCGGGAGAUGCAGUUCAGAUGCACCAGCAGACUGAUGUCCGGAGUGUUCAUGUAUAUGAGAAUCAAAGAUGGAACCCUAUGACAGGAUAUACAGACAAAGGACUUCCUACAGACCGUCCGAUGUGGAGCGAUGAGAGCGGACUAAAGGAGUUCACCAAAGGAAACGCACACCCGCCCUCCCCUGAGUGGUCCUGGGUGUCAGAGUGGGCCGUGGACUACAAUGUUCCUGGCGGGACAGACAAAGAAGGCUGGCAGUACGCGGCAGACUUCCCUGUGACGUUUCACGGCCACAAAACCAUGAAAGACUUUGUUAGGCGCCGAAGAUGGACUAGGAAGUGUAAGGUCACAUUGAGAGGUCCGUGGCAGCAAGUCCCACCCAUCCGCCUGAGUGACAUCUCUCUGAUGCCCUGCCUGGCCCAGAGCAGCAUGGAGCAGGUCCCCGUCUGGGCCCUCAGUGACAAGGGAGAUGUCCUGUGUCGUCUGGGAGUCAGCCCCAAAACCCCUGCGGGCAGCUCCUGGCUACACGUGGGCACAGACCAGCCCUUUAAGUCAAUCUCAAUCGGCGGAGCCAACCAGGUGUGGGCCAUCGCCAAGGACGGAGCUGUGUUCUACAGGGGGUCUGUUUCCCCACUAAACCCUGCAGGAGAAUGCUGGUACCACAUCCCGUCUCCCCCCAGGCAGACUCUCAGACAGCUGUCUGUUGGGAGGACCUCUGUCUUUUCUGUGGAUGAAAACAGUAACUUGUGGUACAGACAGGGCCUCACCCCCAGCUACCCUCAGGGCUCUGCCUGGGAGCUCAUCUCUAACAAUGUCACCAAGGUUUCUGUGGGACCGCUGGACCAGGUGUGGACCAUAGCAGAUGGAGUUCCAGGCUUCCCUGCUGAGAUUUCUGGAGCUGUCUGCCACAGGCUGGGGGUGGGACCCAUGCAGCCCAAGGGCCAGUCCUGGGACUAUGGUGUAGGGGGAGGAUGGGAGCACAUCAGUGUGAGGGGAAACUCAGUAGAGGCUCCUCGCGCCCCCCAUCCUGCUCCCGUCGGACCCCCACGCAGCCCGCUCCCCCCGCGGCCGCAAGUGAACGGGGACGCUGUGGGUGUGUAGCACCAUCCCACCUUCUCCUCCUCUUCCUCCUCCUCUCGGUUUGUGCCUGGAUCCUCAUUUGUCUCCUCUGACCAUUCCCACAGGCCCUUACCCCUUCAUGUAAAGGGAUGAAUCAUACCACUGAGUUUUAAAGGUAUAUGUUGGUUGGAUUUGACAUUUGAUCGAUCGAUGGAUGUUACUCCCUGGCUUGUUUCACCAGGCAGAAAUCAUGGCAGUAUGCAGCGAUGACAAAACAGAAAAGGGAGCACAAGGGCAUUUUAACGGAUCUUGACGUCUUGUGCGAUAAAAAAUUUAAAAGUGAGUGCAUGUGUUGGCUCUUACUAGGCUUUGGUUAUUGGGUGUUUUGGGAUCUAGCAAUAGCUUUAAUUCUUACAUACAAUAUUCUGUGAAAACCUAGAAGGGUGGGACUUUGAUAAAGGGCUAAGGCUUAGGCACUAAACUAACUUGUCUUCAAACACACAAUCCCACUGUAGCCUAAAUUGGUUUGGUUUCUAGAAUCUUUUGUUUUUGCCUGUCAUACAUUUGCAUGUGAUUUCAAUUAUUUAUUUACGUAGCGGUAUUAUGCAUUUGUUGAAUUUUGUUUCUCCAUAUGUUUUGGUCUGUUAUGUUUGCAAUGGAGUGUUUUUUUUGCCCAUAUUGCUCCGACAAGCCUUCCUAAUAUUGAAUGCUUUUUCAAAAGAAAUUUGAGAUCUUCAUACUUCAGGAAAAUAUAAUGCCCUUUAAUUACAAGCGACUGCAGAGAAAGAUAUUGAAAAUUCAGUCUGAAUUACCAGACCUCUCUAUCCUCCUGCAACAAGGAAAGUUCUUCUCGUCAGUGUUACAUCGAUCCACAUGACUGCUAUGACCAUGACAUGACCGUGACUGUUGAAAUGCCACAGUAGGUCUGGAUGUCACCAUGACUCAUCAUUAAUCUUACAAGGGCAUUGAAAUGUGAAAUAAAAGUCUAAAAACAUUG